UGUCUUAUAUGCUUUUACUCAUCCAAACUGUUUUUGACAGGGAGCCAAGAACGAGGAAGAGGAGUUCAACACUGGGCCUCUCUCUGUUCUGAUGAUGAGUGUUAAAAAUAACACACAGGUGCUCAUUAACUGUCGAAACAACAAGAAGCUUCUAGGCCGUGUGAGGGCAUUUGAUCGGCACUGCAACAUGGUUCUAGAAAAUGUCAGGGAGAUGUGGACUGAGGUACCAAAGACUGGUAAAGGCAAGAAGAAAGCUCAUCCCGUCAACAAAGAUAGGUUUAUCAGUAAGAUGUUUCUUCGGGGGGACUCUGUUAUCAUUGUCCUUAGGAACCCUAAGUGAGAAUUGUAGCAGUUGUAUUGAUCAUCCGAAGCCUAUGCUGAGUCCAGUCCAUGGCAUGUUAUCAUUUCACUUUACUGGAGGUGUCCUUACAAAAACCGUAUGUUAAUGGCCUUUUCGUUUUGCUCAUGACUUGUUGAUCACAUGGUAAUUGCCCUUAUUCUAAGAUUGUUAUGACAAAUAUAUGACCUGGCUGAGGAUUUAUGUUUUUGUUGGCCACAA